GCCAAGACCCUGCCAUUGUCAAAAUUAGUACCUCCGUUUAUUUCGUCACCACGUGUCCACACAGCUGUACAAUGGAGCUCGUCCUCAUCCUUCAGCAUUUUCCUGUUGAAUUAUGUGGCCAGAUAAUAUUUUUGAGAAACGAAACAAGUGUUUUCUGCAUGUUCAACCACGUCGUCAAAUUCCCGCUCAGAUAUAGGACCCUUCGGGUAUCCGAGCCUCACCUUGGCUUGGCAUUCUAAAUAUACCAGGUUCAAAGAUAGAAUUUUGGACUUGGCUCACCUACAAAAACUCUGCGGUUGGCGCCGUUCUAACCCAUUCGCUGCAGGACGCUUAACAACCCACCUAAAUGAAUUCUGGCCCUCCUUACCCAACUCAGGACUACUCUCGUUUGCCCUACCAUUCAAUCGAGGCAGACUAUAGGAGACUCAUCAUGUCCAGUUCACAAAUACUAGAACAGGCACCACCUCCUAGCCUCAGAGAAAUUCUUGGGGCAUACAAAUCCAAGGGUGACGGUGACAGAGAUAUGCUUAUUGCCAUGUUGAAUGCAAAGAGCGCCGAAGACCAGCGACUUGCGUCUGUCGCUUCAUUGCACAGAACCCUCCUUGAAAUGUCUGCAGCAGAUGUUCGGCAUCCAAGCCCUCCACCUCCCUCCCGUUCCUCACCACCCGCAGUACCUCACUCAAAACAUGGACUAUAUUCAACUGACAUGACCACUGGACGUGUCUCCCCUCAAAUAUUACCCGUGGUCAGGGAACCACCUCAACUUUCUCAACCACCUCGAAAACGCCAACGAUCUUCUCACUCCCCUUCAUCACAUUACGAAUUACGCACAUCUCACACAUCCUCUCGCGACUUGCCACCUUCUCCCUAUUCGUCUCGGAGCGAUUCCGAGGAGUACUCGCCGCGGUCCAGAGCAUCAAUGGCCAUAGGGUCAUUACUCUCCACCGGUCCUAGCAGAGAUGCUCCGGAGGAUUCCCAAAAUCAUUCAGAGGGCACCCAACACACGUCCUCUGGAGUUUCACUGUAGUGCUUGUACAAGUCUGUUUCAUUACUCUCCCUGCCCCUUGUGGGACCCGCUGUUAUGAUUGGUACCAGCAAAUGGCAGUGAAAUGACACGUCCGAUGAUAUGGCCGGAACUAAUGACCAAGAUAAUGGGACGCCAAGAACUUGUUUUUAUUUUUAUUUAUGCCCAGUUAUCUUUGGAGUGCGACCCUUUUGCUUUUGAGUUUGAAUCAAAGGUAUUGAUCAGUGCAAAGCGAAAAUAACUACUCGCACCGCACGCACGUUGGACACCUGGGUGAGACAAUUUGUUGCCUGGUCCUAAGGCGCCAGGAUGAUGAAACAACUUGUACUGCAUUCGUACUAAGUAAGGUCCGUGGAAUUACAACAUGUGUCUGUGC